AAGGACCGCAGCUCUGAGUGAGUGGAAGGGACGCAGCUCUGAGUGAGUGGAAGGACUGAAGAUCUGAGUUGAUAGCUGCACAGGAGUGGCCAGAGGCAUCAAGCACUGGGGGGGAUCUGUGUGUGGUCUGUGCUGUCGGUGCUGCUGCAUUUGUCUGUGUUGCGCUCAGAUCAUGAGUGUGAAGGCUCUAAGAGCGGCAGUGGGGAUGGACGCGCUGAGGGGACACACCUGGUCAGGCCCCCCCUCUCCCUCCAGCGUGGUGCGCGUCUACCUCAGCUCCACCUGCUCAGAUAUGAUUGCAGAGAGAAAUGCUCUAUGGGAGAGAGCCUUUCCUGAGGUCCAGAGCUUCUGCCAGACCCUGGGCCUGACCUUAGAGGUGGUGGACUUGCGGUGGGGUGUGCGCGACAUGGUUUCGGUGGAUCACAUGACUUCAGAGCUGAGUCUGGAGGAGAUUCGCUGCUGCCAGAGGGACUCUGUGGGUCCUACCUUCAUUGCCUUGUUGGGGAACCGCUACGGCCAUCGUCCAAUCCCACGCCUCAUCCCCGAGCGAGAGUUUGAGCUGCUGGUUGGCAAGCUGUCCGACCUCGACGACAUCAAGUUCCUCAACAAGUGGUUCUGGAGGGAUGACAACGCGGUCCCGCCCACCUACGUCCUCCAGCCAAUCAGCAGGCACUUCUCCCACUACGGGGACGCGGCGGCCGAGUGCGUGGAGCUGCGCGACCAGGACGCCCUCUCCUGGCAGUACACGGAAGCGCGGCUCCUGAGGCUGCUCCGCUGCGCCGCCCUGCAGGCGGAGAAAUCGGGCCAGCUGACCCCAGAGCAGAAACACGCCUACUUCAAGUCUGUGACAGAGUGGGAGAUGGAGCAGGGCCUGCUGGCCGCCCAGACGCCGGAGAGCUCCACAGUGCUGUUUGUACGCGAGUUCCCCAAGCUGCGCAAGAAGGAGAUGCAGAAGAGCCUGGCGGCGUUCACUGACCUCACGGUGGACGGUCUGGUGGACUCUGAGGCCCAGGAGCUUCUCUCGGGCCUGAAGGCCCGCCUCCUGUCCGCCUGUUCGUCCAGUCUGAACCAGCACAGCGUGGAGCACUGCAAGACCGGCAUCGAGCCCAGCCGCAAGGAGCACGGCCAGUACCUGAGCAGCCUGUGCGAGCAGCUCGUGUCCCAGAUGAAGGAGAAGAUCCAGCAGAAGGCUGGGGGUGGGGGUGGGGCUAGGGUCGGAGGGGGAGGGGUCAAGGGAGGGGCCUGGGGAGGGGGCGGUCAGGGGGAAGGCUGGGGCUGGCUACAGCAGGAGAUCCACCACCACAUGCGUGUGUGUGCGCGCGAGUGUGGCGUGUUCUGUGGGCGGGAGAGCCUGAUAGAGAGGAUCCGCCUGACCGCGUUGGAGUCGACCAAUGGCAGACGAGCGCCUCCCCUGGUCGUGUUCGGCCCGGCGGGGGUGGGCAAGACGGCGCUGAUGUGCAAGCUGGCGCUGGAGAUGCGUGGUCAUCUGGGCCCGCAGGCCGCCGUGGUGCUGAGGCUGCUGGGAAGCACGCCGCUGAGCUCGGACCUGGACGGGCUGCUCAGGGGCGUCUGCCUGCAGGUCUGCGGAGCGUUCGGCCUGCCCCUGCCCACCUCGUCUGCCGCCCACACGCACCAGGAGCUCGUGCGCUUCUUCCACCUGACGCUGGAGGAGGUGUCGGCCCGCGGGGAGAAGCUCCUGCUGGUGCUGGACGCGUUGGAGCGGCUCUCCUCGUCCUCCCAGAGCGCCCACUACCGGCUCCACUGGCUGCCCAAGCUCCUCCCGCCGCACGUUCACAUCGUGGUGUCCGUUCCCGACGCCGCGGGUCCUCCGCCACUGCUGACCGGCUUGCGGGGGACGAUCGAGGAGCCCGGAAGCUUCUUCGAGGUGGAGCCGCUGGCCGGCGAGCAGGGCAGGGCCGUUGUGGACGCGUAUCUGACCGCAGCGGGACGCGCGCUGCAGCCGGAGCAGACCGACGUGCUGCUCAGAAGCUUCCGGAAGAGCGGCGGCAGCCUGCUGCCCCUCAGGGUGACCCUGCACACGGCCCUGCGCUGGACGUCCUACACACACGCGGCGGACGUGCAGGUGGGGCACAGCAUGCAGGAGGCAGUGGACCUGCUCCUGGACCAGCUGGAGAAGAGGCACGGCCGGCUGCUGGUCAGCAGAGCGCUGGGAUACAUCGCCUCGGCCAGAGAUGGUUUGUCGGAGGCCGAGCUGAGAGACGUCUUGUCUCUGGACGACGAGGUGUUGGCGGAGGUCUACCGCCACUGGCUGCCCCCCAACACCUCCCUUGUCCGCCUGCCCCCCCUGCUGUGGGCUCGCCUCAGGCACGACCUGAACGACCUCCUGCUGGAGCGGCAGACCGCCGGGGUCCACCUGCUCACCUGCUUCCACAGGCAGCUGCGUGAGCGUGUGAGGGAGCGGUACCUGCGUGGGGAGCAGGGGACCCAGAGACACACGCUGCUGGCCGAGUACUUCCAGGGCCUGUGGAGCGCCAGCCGGCUCAAGCCCAUCCAGCUACCGCACAUACAGACCCAGCUCAACGCAGACAGAAAGGUGCCCUCUGAGCCUCUCUGGUUCGCUGAAGGCGUGGCCAACCUUCGGAAGCUGCGUGAGCUGCCCUAUCACCUCCUCCAUGCUGACAAAUGGGAGGAGCUCUGUCAUAUGGUCAUCGGCAACAUGGAGUGGCUGUGCUGUAAGGCUGUGAGCUGUGGCGUUGCCGCGGUGAUCGAGGACCUGUCCCUCUGCACCACCCUGUACGAGUGCCCUGAGCUCCAGCUCAUCCAGGACGCCUUCGUCCUCAUCAAGCCCACGCUGGACUUCAUAGACGCACACAUCGAACCCUCGCUGCUGUACACCGAGGUCUUCGGGCGGCUCCACGUCUUCUCUGAGACAUACCCUGCUCUGAUUGGCCGGCUGUGCUCUCAGUGCCAGGAUUGGUUCGCGUCCUACGCUGACCCUGUCCUUGUCCCCAAGAGCUCCUUCCUGCCCCCUCCUGGUGGGGCGCUGAAAAGCACCCUCACGGGCUUUAACAAAGGUGUCACUGCAGUGGACGUUUGUCCUACAAACGACCUUCUAGUGGCCGGCUCAGAGGACGGGCUGCUGAUCGCCUGGAACAUGCGAGAUCUCGAGAUCAUUCACACACUCGUCGCACACACAGGCCCAGUGUUGGCUGUGAGGGUGGUGCAUGGGGGCAGUAGCUGUCUGUCCUGUGGGGGCGACGCUGCUCUGACCUGCUGGAGUUUGAAGACGGGCAAACAGAUGUACUGCAUCCGGGACGCCGUCAGCGCCGACACAGAGAACACACACACACGGUCCCCAGGGGUUACGCACACACACACACGGGCCACAGGGACACAGCACAGCGCCAUCUGCUGUGUGGUGGAGGAGAGUGCAGUGGUGUUCACACAGGCACCUAGACAGUGUGUGAAGGCCUGGCACCUGGACACAGGUGAGGCGCUCUACGACGUGGGGCCCCCUGAGCAGGCGUCCAUGUUGGAGACACUGAGCGGAUCCGUGUGUGUCCUGUCGGAUGGAGACCUGCUCACAUUCUACAAGGCGUCCACGGGCCUGGAGAGCAUGCAGACGCGACUGAGCAACCCCACACACACACUCACACCCACACACACACUCGAUCCCACACACACUCUCAGCCCCAUACACACACACAGACCAAAACACACACUCACCAUCACCGGUGCGCUUCACCUGCCCAGGCAUGACACACUGCUCCUGGCCUCCAGAGAAGGACACAUCCACCAGGUUUGUAUCAGUGGCAGACAUGAAGUCACUGACCUCCCUGGCUCCGCCUCAUUCCUCUCCGUGUCCGAGGACGAGAGGACGCUCUUAGCAGGGUGUGAGCGGGUGCUGGUUCUACUGCAGCUUCAGCCCGGUGGCUCCCUGCAGCGGCAUUGCGAGCUAUCCCAUGAUGCCACAGUGCUGACGGCAGUGGCGUCCAGUCAGGCCGGGGUGGUGGUCAGCGGAGCGGAGGACCAGCUCAUCAGGGUCUGGUGUCUGUCUUCCGGAAAACUCCUGGACACAUUCCAUGGCGUGGGGUCCAGGGUGACCUCACUAGCUGUCUUCGGGGAGACGGUCGUGUCAGCCUCGGCCUGCUCCGGUCAGCUGAAGGUGUGGCAGUUGAACUCUGACCCCAAGCACAAAGCCAAGACCUCCGUCCCCGCUAACUGCUCCCUGGUGACCCUGUCCAAAGACGGACAGACGGCGUUUUUUGUGAAGCAUGGUAACCGGAAAGAAGUCUUCACGUGGGACUGUACAACAGGUGACAUCACAAGCGCGUCUGCGGACGCCAUGGACACGUCGGCGGAGGUCCUCUGUCUGGAGCUGGCACAGCAGAAGCGGCUGCUGUUCUGCGGCCUGAGGACCGGCACCGUCAUGAUCUACCCCCUGGACUUCCCCCUGGAAACCCUGUGCAUCCCCCCACUGGAGGACAUGCCCCAGGUCCAGGGAAUGACCAUCAGCCCACAUGAGGUUCGCAUGGCGGUGGCCUACGACGACGCGGUGUGUCUGUUUGAGAUCACGGCGCGGGACAGCUUCCCGUGUGUGGAUGGGCCGUUCGAGCGGUUCCCGCUGACGCUGCUGCGCUCGCCGCUGUCCUGCAUGGCGUUGCUGGCCGACUGCCGGCUCCUGUGCGGCACGGAACGCGGCGACGUGACGCUCUACGACUUCAAGAGCGCCUCGUCCACCCCUCUGGACCGCCACGCGGCCCGCGUCACCUGCGUCGCACUCAGCCACAGGAGUGGCCAGGCCCUGGUGGGGUCCCAGGACUGCGUCCAGAGACUCUGGAGCCUCUCGCCCCUGCGACUCGACCACACCAUGGACUACAGGGGGUUCCUCUUUGAAGGGGUGCUGUGUGCCGCCUUCUCUGUGAAUGACCAGUACGUGUUCACCGGAUCCCAGGACAAAACCAUUAAAGUGUGGGACGUGGCCAGUGGCAGGCUGCUCUACGUGCAGUAUGUCUACUCGCCCAUCGUCAGGAUGCUGACGCAGAAGGACGGACUGGUGGCCGUGUCACAGCUUGGACAUUUAAUCAAGGAGGCGUUCCGCUGUCCCGGCGAGAUCCGGUCCAACUUCACCCCGCUGCGGAAGUUCCAGGCCCAAUUCAGACUCAUGUAUCGCCUGAAGAAACUGGAUCCUAACGUCAAGCUCCCUGGCGAGACCCAAGACAACAAUGAAGAAAAGGCUAAAGCGAAGCCAUCCAACACAUGCAUCCUACUGUAGCACUGACUCACGCUUAGUAAGGGGUCCAACGACUUAGCACAAGUGAAACAGAAAAUGUGUGAAAUAUCUGUCAAGCAAAACAUCAUAAAAGUUUAAAUAGAUUCUGACAUAGACUUGUGUAAGGUGAUGUCACAUACAGUGCAUACGGAAAGUAUUCACAGCGCUUCACUUUUUCCACAUUGUGU